AUGUCAGAAUUAACUCAUCCCCUGAUAAAAGAUGGUUGGUUUAUGGAAAUUUCGGACACAAUGUGGCCGGGCCAAGCCAUGUCUCUUAAAGUGGAAAAAAUUUUACACGUUGAACAGUCUUUAUACCAGGAUGUUCUUAUUUUCCAGUCAACUGACUAUGGUAACGUUCUGGUACUAGAUGGGGCUAUUCAAGUCACUGAAAGAGAUGAGUUUUCUUAUCAGGAAAUGAUUGCUCAUUUGGCUUUGAACAGUCAUCCCAACCCCAGAAAGGUAUUAGUGAUUGGCGGUGGAGACGGCGGUGUUCUUAGAGAAGUGAUCAAGCAUGAAUGUGUCGAGAAGGCUGUUCUCUGUGAUAUUGACGAGGCAGUUCCCCGUCUAUCCAAAAUCUACCUUCCAGAAAUGGCUAAAUCAUAUAAGCAUCCCAAAGUCACACUUCAUAUUGGCGACGGGUUCAAAUUUUUGGACGAGUACAAAAACACUUUUGACGUCAUUAUUACUGACUCCUCUGAUCCAGAAGGACCAGCAGCUUCAUUGUUUGAAAAACCGUAUUUCAAAUUGUUAAAUGACGCACUGACUGAGAAGGGAGUUAUCACUACUCAAGGUGAGAAUAUUUGGCUUCAUAUGGAGAUCAUCAAGAACCUUAAGAAAGCUUGUUUAGAGGUUUUUCCUGUUGUUGAAUACGCUUACUGUACCAUUCCAACAUAUCCAUCGGGUCAGAUUGGGUUUAUGGUGUGUAGCAAAGAUCCUAACGCUAGUUUGAAGUUCCCUUUGAGAUCCUUUUCCGACACAUUUGAGAAAGAGCACUUGCGUUACUACAACAAAAAAAUACACGAAGCAUCUUUCAUUUUGCCGACUUGGGCUAGAGAUGCUUUGGACUUUUAG